CAGAUGAUACUUUAUCUACACUGGGAUCUCAAGCAGCAAUUGACAGCAGCUACCCCAGCAUGGCAUGGAGACCAAAUAAAUUAUGCAUCACAAGGCUGUUUCUCCUCAGUUUUCUACUGUGUUGGCUCUUUACUGCUGGAUCUGCUUAUGGGGAAAAUACUUAUCUGCAAAAGAAGACUACACCAGGUGGCAUGAAUGUGCUCCUGGUAAUUGUGGAUGAUUUGCGCACAACUCUGGGCUGUUAUGGUGAUAGUGUUGUAAAGUCCCCAAACAUUGAUCAGCUGGCAUCUCAAAGUUUAUUAUUUACAAAUGCUUAUGCACAGCAAGCAGUGUGUGCUCCAAGUAGAGUGUCAUUCCUAACAGGCAGGAGACCUGACACCACAAGGCUAUUUGACUUCCACUCCUACUGGAGGAAACAUGCAGGGAACUUCUCCACUCUUCCACAGUAUUUUAAAGAGCACGGAUACGUAACCAUGUCUGUUGGAAAGGUGUUUCACCCAGGUAUUUCUUCCAAUCAUAGUGAUGACUAUCCAUACAGCUGGUCAGUUCCACCAUUUCAUCCAUCUUCUGAAAAAUAUGAGAACACAAAGACUUGUAAGGGUAAAGAUGGACAACUUCAUGAAAACCUGAUAUGCCCAGUGAAUGUUUCAGAUGUCCCAGAAGGAACCCUUCCUGAUAUUCAAAGCACAAAAGAAGCCAUCAGACUUUUAAAUGUUGUUAAAGAGCAGAACACUUCGUUUUUCCUUGCUGUUGGCUACCACAAACCACACAUCCCGUUUAGAUUCCCAGAAGAGUUUCUGAAGUUGUAUCCCAUUGAAAACAUUACACUUGCACCUGAUCCAGAUAUACCCAAGAACCUUCCGCCAGUUGCAUACAACCCAUGGACAGAUAUACGUAAACGAGAGGAUGUGAAAGCUCUAAAUGUGAGCUUUCCAUAUGGUCCUAUCCCUAAGCAUUUCCAGCUUCUGAUUAGGCAGAGCUAUUUCUCCUCUGUGAGUUACCUUGAUACCCAGGUUGGAGAGCUGUUGAGCUCCCUUGAAGACCUAGGACUUUCUGACAGUACCGUCAUUGUGUUUGUCUCUGAUCAUGGUUGGUCUUUGGGGGAACAUGGAGAAUGGGCUAAAUAUAGCAACUUUGAUGUGGCUACUCGUGUCCCACUAAUGUUUUAUGUGCCUGGCAUGACUGAUAGUGCUCUGCAGCCACAGCAGAAAAGGUUUCAAUACAUAGACCCUUUUAGUAAUAUCCCAAGGAGGAAACACCAAGGUCAGUCCAAGCAUAUUCCUGUUGAAUUGGUUUCCUUGUUUCCAACAAUUGCCGAGCUUGCCAAUCUCCCACUGCUACCUGCCUGCCCCCGGCCUUCAUUUCAUGUGGAACUAUGCAGCGAAGGUGCAAGUAUUGUUCCUUACUUUAGUGUCCCAAAUAAAGAUGAAAAUGACGGUUUUACAGAAACAGUUGCCUAUAGCUCUUACCCCCGACCUGCAGACACACCCCAGAUAAACUCUGAUCUACCUGAUCUAAAAGAUAUAAGAAUUAUGGGCUAUUCUAUGAGGACCAUUGCCUUUAGAUAUACUGUGUGGGUUGGUUAUGAUCCCAAAUCUUUUAAAGCUAAUUUUAGCGAUAUUCAUGCCCAAGAGCUAUAUCUUGUUAUGUCUGAUCCAAAUCAAGAUAAUAACAUCUGUAAUAAUUCCAUGCACACCACCCACGCUGAAAAGCUUUUUGGCCACAUAAAACACUGACUGAAUGCAAUUUUGAUAAAUAUCCAUUUUUGUAUCUUAAUUUUAUUACUUCAAUCUAUUUUGAAAUAAAACAUGUAUUUCUUAAUCA